GCAGCAUAGCAACGUUGUCCAGAUACCCAUGCAAGAGUAUCGCACCUUAAUUUAACCCCAGCUAAAAUGAAGCACAACUACCUUCCAAUUGAGACAUUACCCCCCUGGACCAAGCUCAACGGAGUCACCGUCAAGGGCAUCGCUUUCCGCAAGCUGCGCGCAGACGAUGGCACCGACAAGGGAUCUGCAAUUGUUGCAACAGAGGUACGAUCCAGCGAAGAGCCUAAAAGCGAUGUAGUCGAGCCGGAGCUCCUUCUCCGGGUUCCGUCCGAUCUAGUCCUUUCCCAGGGCUUUGUCGAAAAUUACGCCAAAUCCGAUAGACAGCUCCGUGAGGUAUUAGAAGCCGUUGGAGACUUUGGAAGAACAGCUCGAGGCGCUAUCUUGAUCUUCCUACUCGUGCAACUUACGCACUCUAGCCCUGAUUAUGCGCACGAGCGCCAUCAGAUAGGACUGUCGAGUCCGUGGACCGAGUAUAUGAAGUACAUGCCGUCUGCCAUAAUACUGCCGACCUUCUACACGGAAGAGGAGUUGGAGCUACUGCGGGGGUCUUCAUUGAGGCUGGCUGUGCAUGCCAAGAUCGCCUCUCUUGAGAAGGAGUUUGAGCACCUGCGCGAAAGCACGGAGGGCUUGUCUUGGUGUGGGAAGUAUUGGUGGGAUGAAGAUACGGGGAAGUUGACGUUCGAGGAUUGGAAAUAUGUCGAUGCAUUGUACCGGUCACGGAUGGUGGAUCUACCGCGGAAUGGACAUGCGAUGGUCCCGUGCAUUGAUAUGGCAAAUCAUGCUUCUGGAGAAACAGUCAAGGCGUUUUAUGAUGAAGAUGCGGGUGGGAAUGCUGUAUUGCAGCUGCGUCCUGCGAGAAAUUUGCGGGUUGAUGACGAAGUCACUAUCUCGUAUGGCGACGAGAAACCCGCCUCCGAGAUGAUCUUUUCCUAUGGCUUCCUCGACAAGCAGACAACCGAUGCAAAACAGAUUUUCCUCGACCUGGAUAUCCCAGACGACGAUCCCUUAAAAAUCGCCAAGAAAGCAUUCUGCAAAGAUGCACCCGGGGUCAAACUAUCUACGUCCUCCACCGACUCGAACACAAACGCUGCUACAACCUGGGACAGUCCCAUCAUCUGGUGGGCCUGUGUCAACGAGGAAGACGGGCUGGACUUCAGCGUACUUCAGACGAACGACGGGGGCCGCGAACUCAAAGCCACCUGGAACGGAGAGGAUGUGAAGAGCCCGGAUUGUCUCAAAGACCUCCUAGCAGCAGAUCCCCGCUGGGACGUCUACCAGCUUCGUGCGGUGGUGCUCAUUCUCGAGCGACUUGAGACACAGUUCUUCGUCCUGCGACAGACCGAUCUGAUGAUUUCCGAGAUCCGCGACAAUGAGGACAUGCGAGCCGUGUUCAGACCGGAGGUGUUUGAGACGGUCCUCAAGUUGCGAGAGUUGGAGUCUAAGCUGAUGGAACGGGGGAUCGAGGACCUUGUCAAACAGAGAGAAACUCUCAUGACAAGCCCCGCUGUCAGCACCUAUCUCACCCAACAAUCAGAUGAUAUUGAGGAGGAUUUCUCCUGACUGGAUGUAACGUGACUUGACUUUCCACACACAGACCCCUUCCUCCCAAGAACCCGAUAAACUCUCACCUUAUAUAACCAUAUCAUCAUUACUUAACAAAUGACUCACUUGCCUCCGGCAGGAACCUAUAAGACCCCAUCACGCGACGAUCCUUCCGCAUCCUCCCCGUAUUGAAAGUAAUUCCAAUACACAU